AUGCUCGGGAGCCGGACAGGCCAGGGUGCAGGGCAGGGUGCUGGCCAGGGAAGCGGCUAUGGCCUGGGAAGCGGCUAUGGCCAGGGUGCAGGAGCUGGACAGGGAAGUGGCGCAGGAGCUGGACAGGGAAGCGGCUAUGGCCAGGGCGCUGGAGCAGGACAGGGAAGCGGCUAUGGCCAGGGCGCUGGAGCAGGACAGGGAAGCGGCUAUGGCCAGGGCGCAGGAGCUGGACAGGGAAGCGGCUAUGGCCAGGGCGCAGGAGCUGGACAGGGAAGCGGCUAUGGCCAGGGCGCAGGAGCUGGACAGGGAAGCGGCUAUGGCCAGGGCGCAGGAGCUGGACAGGGAAGCGGCUAUGGCCAGGGCGCAGGAGCUGGACAGGGAAGCGGCGCUGGAGCGGGACAGGGAAGCGGCACUGGCCAGGGCGCUGGAGCAGGACAGGGAAGCGGCACUGGAGCAGGAGCAGGACAGGGAAGUGGCUAUGGCCAGGGCGCAGGAGCAGGACAGGGAAGCGGCGCAGGAGCAGGACAGGGAAGCGGCGCAGGAGCAGGACAGGGAAGCGGCGCAGGAGCUGGACAGGGAAGCGGCUAUGGCCAGGGCACAGGAGCAGGACAGGGAAGCGGCGCUGGAGCAGGAGCAGGACAGGGAAGCGGCGCAGGAGCUGGACAGGGAAGCGGCUAUGGCCAGGGCACAGGAACAGGACAGGGAAGCGGCGCUGGAGCAGGAGCAGGACAGGGAAGCGGCGCUGGAGCAGGAGCAGGACAGGGAAGCGGCGCUGGAGCAGGACAGGGAAGCGGCGCUGGAGCAGGACAGGGAAGCGGCGCUGGAGCAGGACAGGGAAGCGGCGCUGGAGCAGGACAGGGAAGCGGCGCUGGAGCAGGACAGGGAAGCGGCGCUGGAGCAGGAGCAGGACAGGGAAGCGGCGCUGGCCAGGGCGCUGGAGCAGGAGCCGGACAGGGAAGUGGCGCUGGGGCAGGAGCAGGACAGGGAAGCGGCGCUGGGGCAGGAGCCGGACAGGGAAGCGGCGCUGGGGCAGGAGCCGGACAGGGAAGCGGCGCUGGAGCAGGAGCCGGACAGGGAAGCGGCGCUGGAGCAGGACAGGGAAGCGGCGCUGGAGCAGGACAGGGAAGCGGCGCUGGAGCAGGAGCAGGACAGGGAAGCGGCGCUGGCCAGGGCGCUGGAGCAGGAGCCGGACAGGGAAGUGGCGCUGGAGCAGGAGCAGGACAGGGAAGCGGCGCUGGGGCAGGAGCCGGACAGGGAAGCGGCGCUGGGGCAGGAGCCGGACAGGGAAGCGGCGCUGGGGCAGGAGCCGGACAGGGAAGCGGCGCUGGGGCAGGAGCCGGACAGGGAAGCGGCGCUGGGGCAGGAGCCGGACAGGGAAGCGGCGCUGGCCAGGGUGCUGGAACAGGAGCAGGACAGGGAAGCGGCUAUGGCCAGGGCGCAGAAGCUGGACAGGGAAGCGGCGCUGGAGCAGGAGCAGGACACGGAAGCGGCACUGGAGCAGGACAGGGAAGCGGCGCUGGCCAGGGCGCUGGAGCAGGACAGGGAAGCGGCGCUGGCCAGGGCGCUGGAGCAGGACAGGGAAGCGGCUAUGGCCAGGGCGCUGGAGCAGGACAGCGAAGCGGCUUUGGCCAGGGCGCUGGAGCAGGACAGGGAAGCGGCGCUGGAGCAGGACAGGGAAGCGGCGCUGGAGCAGGACAGGGAAGCGGCGCUGGAGCAGGACAGGCC